ACCGCGGUGAUUCUCUCUACAACGCCAGUCACCUACAUACUGUACGUCUGCCUCCCCAGCCAGUUACCAUUCAAGUCUGAGGGUGCGACCCUGAAGAGAGACUGAGGGAAUCACGAACAGUCUACAAGAUCGCCUGCAAAACUGCGGACCCCUGUCAGAAACGACAUCCGUCGGCAGACAAAGGAGUCGGAAAACAUGAUCAAGAAGGAGCUGAGCUGUCUCCUUCCCUGAAGGUAACUUAGUUACACAAACUGUACAGCCUUUGAAGAGCGGUUCACCACUGUGAGGACCCCAAUAAAACCCCUGGAUGGAGGCAAUCCAAUGAUGAAUUCUAGGGCAAUAUGGAACCACGGGAAAUGAGGUGCAGGAAGCGAUUGCAGCAACCCGGCUGGAGCUCGACAGGGUUUCUCAUUUUGCACAUAGAUAGAACAGGCAGCAGCAAAGCUGCAGAUAACCUGGAGCAUGGUGGGCAACCAGAGACACUGUUCAAGCAGGGUUCAGGUUCACUGGAUCCCGGGAUGACAGGCGAAAGGGGAGGAAUGUCCCCACUGGAGAGUCUGGAUAUGCAGGAACUCAGGAACGAAAAGCUGGUUUGGUGGGGAUCCCACAGGAACCAUGACAAAUGCUGCACUGCCUUAACGGCUUCCUCUUUCCUCCAAGUGACAUCUCCAGUGAAACAGCUGGCAGGCAAGACUGGACCUAGAUCUUCUCCUCCGCCAUCAUCCUCAAACUGCCUGGCCAUAUGCAUAACUUUCCGUGUAUGAGGGUCAUUAUGACUUAACAAGAGAUGCAAAAGUCGAGGUUUAAUGGGUUUGUCUUACUGAGUACUGUACAUGCAAACUGAAAAACACAAAUACGCAGAUAUUGACUUACAUGUUUUAUUUACGAAAUUGAUUUGUUCUGCUGUACUGGGACUGAACCUGCUACUUUUUAAAUGACAUCUUCAACUUUUGAAAAGAUACGGACACAAAGCACAGAGGUUGCUGGUAGAGCUAGAUAUCUAUGGGCCAGUGUAUGGAGAUGGGGGAUGUGCUUGCCAGUACACAUAACCUUCGUGGGCGGUUGUAAAUGGAAAUGCUCUCAUACUGGAGACCUGGGUCUCUUGCUUACAUUUUUCAUAUUUAUGUACUGAAUAGCUGUAAUAUCAAACACUAUCGCAGUAAAAGCAACCAAAGAAACAGCUGGAAGUACAAGACAGACUUAUUUUUUACGUGGGAAUGUAACUGAAACAAUACAAAGGUGAAGGGCACUGUGUAAAUAAGCACAGCAUGCUUUAUUAUAUGAGUCACCCUCCAAGGUAAAGCUCAGUGCGGUGCCUCCAAGCACUAUUGCUUUGAAAACUCGACACGUGAUUCAACAUGGUGUAUCAAGCAGCCCGUCCAUAAUGUACCCUCAAGUAAAAUGUUACCGACUAAUGUUCCUGAUAUACCAUCCUUGAUAACGGUGGGCUUCUAAAUAUUUAGUCUAGUAAAAAUCUGAGUAUCAAAUGAGUUCUUCUAUCCCAAGCCACAGUCUAAAAGCAAUGAUACUGCCACCGAUUACAUCUGUUCUAGGGAGAUGCACUCCUAUUGCCACUAGGGGAGCUGUCACCUUCUCUCAGUCCUGAUAAAUAAUGUAAUGCCGUCUAGGAAACCAAUUCAGUUGAAUUAGAUGCGAGAAAAUGUGAGAAAUGUUCUGUUCUCAGACAACAAAGUUAAUUUAAGAAGAAUGAUUCGUUUUCAAAAUUUUAGGUGUGUAGAACCACUGUACAUGAUUCAAAUGAGAAAAAAUAAUUUUUAUUUUCAGUGUGGUUGGUUGAAACAAAAUCGUCUGGAUUUGUACAUUGCGGACCUGAAUCUUCCACCUCUGUUUGUAAUGGAGUACUUUUGUGAGUAAGGUGAGUAAUGAAACCGACAGGUGCAAACAAUUCAAAGAACAAGGGAAUUUCAAACUCAGAUGAAGACAGGAGCAGUCUGGGUAAUGUAGUCUGUUAAUCCUGGCCUGUGACAUAUACAGCCCUACAGACCAUAUAGUUGGAAGGCUGCUGUGGUUGACAGUUGGUGAACUGACUAUUGAAUAUAAAGCUAACAUUACUUUUGGUUUUUAUUACAGAGUCAGAUUGUGAAACACGGAAACCGGUUUAUGUACAACCAUAAUCAUCUAAGCGAUGGAUCACCAUUCCCAUGUAGAGGUUUGGCUAUAACAUUUCAGUCUGUGAUGGAUGUUGUCCAUGAAUACCAGACACUGAAAGGCAGGAGAACUUAAGCUGAGUAACUGUUUUCAGCUGAAGGUUGUUGAAAAUAACAGACGAAAAGUUCACUCUCUACAGUGCUCUUCCUCCAGCUACUUCCUUACUGCACUGCACCAAAUGUUACAGAUGGACUGUAACAGAACAGAAUAACUUAGCAGACAAAUAGCUCACUGUAGUGCUCUUCCUCAGGUUACUUCCUUACCAUAUCGCAAUGCACCAAGUGUUACAGACGUACUGUAACAGAACACAGUAACUUAGCAGACCAAAAGUUCACUCUCUGCAGUGCUCUUCCUUCAGCUACUUCCUUACUGCACUGCACCAAAUGUUACAGACGUACUGUAACAGAACAGAAUAACUUAGCAGACCAAUAGUUCACUCUCUACAGUGCUCUUCCUUCAGCUACUUCCUUACCAUACCGCACUGCACCAAAUGUUACAGACGGAUUGUAACAGAACAGAAUAAUUAAGCAGACAAAACCUCACUCUCUGCAGUGCUCUUCCUUCAGCUACUUCCUUACUGCACUGCACCAAAUGUUACAGACGGACUGUAACAGAACAGAAUAACUUAUCAGACAAAAAGCUCACUCUCAGCAGUGCUCUUCCCCAAGCUACUUCCUUAGCAUACUGCACUGCACCAAAUGUUACGGACAUAAUGUAACAGAAUAACUCAAUCAUAAAUAUGUAUAAUAAUAUAGGAUGCUGUGUUAGUGUAUAUUAGUCUAUGCUGAUUUUGCCAUCAUUGCGUUAAUGUGAUCUGUUGGGUCUUAAACUAUUUUUCUUGUUGUCUAUCUUGGACGCGUCUCUCUUUCAAAAGAGAUUUUGAAAAUCAGUGAGUCUAACCUGGUUAAAUAAAGGUUUAAUAAUGAUGCAGAACAUAAGCACACACAUGUGCUUCUUAUAGUAAUGAAUGAAUCAUAGCAGGUGUCUCCAGCAGCCACAUAAGACUGUGAACAGGAAACCUGCCUUCUGUUAACAGAAAGGACAGUGUAUGUGUGGGAGUGACCAUGUACAGGUUUGUGACAUCUCAAAAACACAUCUCCAACUUCUGCAGACCCAGACCUCGCUCACUGACCUCUUGCUGGAUUAUCUAAAUGAUCUCAGUGAUGAAGAGUUGAAGGAGUUUAAACUGCGUCUCCCAGUGAAUAAAGAGUUAAAGCCCCUUCCCAAGGGUCAGAUGAAAACCUUGGGCAGAACAGAUUUCGCCGAAAUGAUGAUGAAUUCCUACAGUAAAGCCGGGGCUCUCAAAGUCACGCUUGAGAUCCUGAAGAAGAUGAACUUGAAUGACCUUGCUCAGAGACUGAAUGAAGACCUGCAGAAGUGUAACCAAGCAGAAAGUGAGCAGAGUGACAUGUUGGAGACGAGUCAACUCAUGUUGCACAAAAUAAAAUGCUCUUUGAAAGAGAAAUUUGAGUGUGUGUAUGAAGGGAAAGCUAAGGAAGGACAGCGAAUACUUCUCAGUGAGAUUUACACAGAACUCUACAUAACUGAAGGUGGGACUGGAGGAGUCAAUGAUGAACAUGAAGUGAGACAGAUUGAAACAACAUCCAAGAAAAGGCGAACAGAAGAUACUACAGUCAAGUGCAAUGAUAUAUUUAAACCCUUAUGUGGGCGUGAGACACCUAUCAGAACUGUACUCACUAAAGGGGUGGCAGGUAUCGGGAAAACAGUCUCUGUGCAGAAAGUUAUUCUCGACUGGGCAGAAGGAAAAGCAAACCAGGAUGUUCACUUCAUAUUUGCUCUUCCUUUCCGGGACCUGAAUUUGAUUAAGGGUGAAUACAGUCUGAUUGAACUGCUUCACCGCUUUGUCCCAGAACUGAAAUCACUUGAAUCCACUGAGUUAUUUGGGUACAAAGUCUUGUUCAUCUUUGAUGGUCUGGAUGAGUGUCGCCUUCCUCUAAAUUUUCGGAACAAUGAGAGUUGGUUUGAUGUAACAACGAAAAUGUCACUGGAUCUACUGUUGACUAACCUCAUUAUGGGGAAUCUGCUCCCAUCUGCUCUCCUUUGGAUAACCUCCCGGCCAGCAGCAACCAAUCAGAUACCUCCUGAGUACAUCCACCGGGUGACAGAGAUACGAGGGUUCAGUGAUGCCCAGAAGGAGGAGUAUUUCCGGAGGAGAUUCAGCGAUGAGAGCCUGGCCAGCAGGAUAAUCACACAUGUGAAAUCAUCAAGGAGCCUCCUCAUCAUGUGCCACAUACCUGUGUUCUGCUGGAUUUCAGCCACUGUGCUUAAGAGGCUUUUUACUGAGAAUGACAGGGGAGAAAUCCCAAGGACUCUGACUGAAAUGUACACACACUUCCUGAUUCAUCAGGCAAGUUUUAAAAAAGACAAGUAUAUGAAAAACUAUGAAAGCAAGCUAAAUGAAAACAGCAAGGAAUUCCUUUUGAAACUUGGUAAAUUGGCUUUUGACAACCUUGAGAAAGGCAAUCUCAUAUUUUAUAAGCAAGAUCUGACAGAGAAUGACAUUGAUGUCACUGAAGCUUCAGUUUACUCUGGAGUGUGCACAGAAGUCUUUAAAGAGGAGUAUGGGUUGUACCAGGAGAAGGUGUACUGCUUUGUGCAUCUGAGCAUCCAGGAGUAUCUCGCUGCUUUAUAUGUGUUUCUGUCAAACUCAUCAGCUGACCUGCUGAAGACUGCAGUGAAUCAGGCAUUAGAGAGCAAGAAUGGACACUUGGACCUCUACCUCCGCUUCCUCCUGGGCCUCUCAACAGACUCCAGUAAGACUCUGUUACAAAGGCUACUGGGGCCGACAGAAACCUGCUCACAAACCAUUAAGGAAACAUCCCAAUACAUCCGUCCAUCCAUUUUCCAAACCAUUCAUCCGUUAGGCUCUCUGAGAGUCCUGAACCUAUUCCGGAAACCAUGGGCACGAGGCAGGGAACAACCCAGGACGGGGGGGCACCCCAUCACAGCAGCCCAAUACAUCAAGGAGAAAAUACAGGAGAAUUUAUCUCCAGAAAGGACCAUCAACCUCUUCCACUGUCUGAAUGAACUUGGUGACAAUUCUCUAGUAGAGGAAGUACAAAGAUACCUGAAUUCAGGAAACAUUUCAGCAGAUGACCUCUCACCUGCACAGUACUCAGCUCUGGCCUUUGUGAUGCUGAUGUCAGAUGAGGAGCUGGAUGUGUUUGAUCUGAAGAAAUACAUUAGAUCAGAUGAAGAGCACUGCAGGCUGCUGCCUGUGGUCAAGAACUCCAGGACGGCUCUGCUGAACAGCUGUGAUCUCAUAGAUAAACACUGUGAAAUGCUGUCUUCAGCUCUAAGAUCAAACUCUUCCCCCCUGAGAGAGCUGGACCUGAGUGACAAUAACCUGAAGGAUUCAGGAGUGAAGCUGCUCUCUACUGCACUGGGGGAUUUACACUGUAAACUGGAGAUAUUGAGGCUGUCAGGCUGUAGAGUCACAGAAGAAGGCUGUUCUUCCCUGGCUUCAGCUCUGAGGUCAAACCCCUCACACCUGAGAGAGCUGGACCUGAGCUACAAUCACCCAGGAGACUCAGGAGUGAAGCUGCUCUCUGCUGUACUGGAGGAUCCCAGCUGUAAACUGGAGAAGCUGCAGGUGGGUCGGUGUGAACUCACAGAGAAAUGCUGUGAGGCACUGGCUUCAGCUCUCAGAUCAAACUCCUCACCCCUGAGAGAGCUGGACCUGAGUAACAAUGACCUGCAGGACUCAGGAGUGAAGCUGCUCUCUGCUGGACUGGGGGACUUACACUGUAAACUGGAGAUACUGAGGUUGUCAGGCUGUAGAGUCACAGAAGAAGGCUGUUCUUCCCUGGCUUCAGCUCUGAAGUUAAACCCCUCACACCUGAGAGAACUGGAUCUGAGCUACAAUCACCCAGGACACUCAGGAGUGAAGCUGCUCUCUGCUGUACUGGAGGAUCUCAGCUGUAAACUGGAGAAGCUGCAGGUGGGCUGGUGUGAACUCACAGAGAAAUGCUGUGAGGCACUGGCUUCAGCUCUCAGAUCAAACUCCUCACCCCUGAGAGAGCUGGACUUGAGUGACAAUGACUUGCAGGACUCAGGAGUGAAGCUGCUUUCUGCUGGACUGGGGGACUUACACUGUAAACUGGAGAUACUGAGACUGUCAGGCUGUAGAGUCACAGAAGAAGGCUGUUCUUCCCUGGCUUCAGCUCUGAGAUCAAACCCCUCACACCUGAGAGAGCUGGACCUGAGCUACAAUCACCCAGGAGACUCAGGAGUGAAGCUGCUUUCUGCUGUACUGGAGGAUCCCAGCUGUAAACUGGAGAAGCUGCAUGUGGAUUACGGUGGAGAGUGCAGGACCAGAGCAGGCUUACAGAAAUACUCCUGCCAGCUGACGCUGGACCCCAACACAGCACACAGACGCCUGUCUCUGUCAGGGGGGAACAGGAAGGUGACACAUGAGUGGGGGGCAGAGCAGCCAUAUCCUGAUCAUCCAGAGAGAUUUGACAGCUGCCCCCAAGUUCUUUGCAGAGAGAGUCUGACUGGCCGCUGUUACUGGGAGGCUGAGUGGGAUGGAGAUGCAGCCUGGAUAGGAGUCACUUAUAAAGGGAUCAGGAGGAAAGGAGGGAGGGACUGUGGGCUUGGAUACAAUGACAAGUCAUGGAGUCUGUACUGUAAUAUUAACUGUUACUCUGUCCGACACAAUAAGAAACAGACUGUCAUACCCAUACGGGCCUCAGGCUCCCGCAGAGUAGGAGUGUAUCUGGACUGGGGGGCUGGUGCUCUGUCCUUCUACAGAGUCUCCUCUGAUGGACUGACCCCCCUGCACAGAUUCACCUCCUCAUUCACUGAGUCCCUCUAUCCAGGGUUUGGGGUUAAUAUAAACUCCUCAGUGUCACUGUGACGUGUUGCUGGUUCUCCUGGCAAAAAGGUAAAAUCUCUGCUUUUUAACCUUUAUUAUCAUUUUUACUCUGAAAUGUACAAAAGUCUUAGGCAGGCAAAGAAAAUGAUGUUUAGAUUAUCCUCCUGUUGGUGUAAAACUAUGAUAUGAUGCCUGACCUCAUACAGCUAGUCAAUCUCUCACUGACUUUUUAAACCAGUAUAUUUCAUUAUUUAAUUAGGCUGUUGGUGAAAUUUAACAAAAUCAUGGAACGGCUGAGGUGCCCCUGAGGAGAAGUUUGGGAACUGAAGCGGUGUUCAUCUAGCCAUCCAACUAGAUAUCAGUAACUUUUUAGGAAACAGAAGAAAUUAUUACUAGUUUUUAUUGUGUUACUCUGAAUUUGCACACAUUCUAAUAUUAAAUUGUGUUUUUUGUUCUAAGCCAAAGUACACUUGCUACCCAGAUAAACUUUAAACAUUUCUUUGGACUGCCUAAGACUUUUGCACAGUACUGUAUGUUUGACAGAAAAUAAAUGACUGUGUUCAGUGAAGUGAAUAACAUGAAAAAUAUAGUUUUAUACGUUUAUCUCUCUGAGUAAAAUGUAACUAAAUGUAAUCCUGAUUGGGGGGGGGCUUUCCCUCUCCCCUGUAUAUUUACAUUGUAUAUAUUUAUGUCCAUUUACUGUAUUCCCUCCCUGUACAGUGACAAUAAAGGCUUUCUGUUCUGUCCUA